AUGGGCUUGCCCCUUUGGGCACGCGGCUUCCUCUCGCGCGGCGUCGGCCGCGCGCGCGGCGCUCAACGCCUCUCGCGCGGCUUUGGGCUUCGGCGCUUCGCUUUUCGGCCGCCCUUCGAAAGCUUCGACUUGCAUCCACACACGCUGCGCGGGCUACGAGAGGCGCUGAAGUUUCCGGAGGCCACGGAGGUGCAGGGCAAGGUACUUCCUGAGCUCUUGGCACCGGAAGCCAGAGGAUCCGAUUUCGUGAUCCAUGCCCGUGCAGGCACCGGCAAGACGCUGGCAUUCCUCAUCCCUGCUGUGGAGCACAUCUGUCGCCAAACACCUCCGGGCAUCGGCGUGCUCAUCGUGGCAUCCACACGAGAGCUGGCCUUGCAGAUUACCAAGGAGGCAGAGACCUUGUGCGCUUACCACGCCAUCCAGAUCGUGCCGCUCAUCGGCGGCGUGCGCCGGGAGAAGGACGAGACCUUGAUCCGGCGCCGGAGGCCCCAAAUCCUCGUGGGGACCGUGGCCAAGCUCACACAGCACUUCGAGGCCACGCUGCGCUUCGAGACCUUGUUCGAGGGCUUGAGCACGCUGGUGCUGGACGAAUGCGACACCCUGCUGGCGUCCAAUAAUCUGGAGUUGCUCCAGACCUUACUGAGCUUCCUGCCCAAGAGCGCGUCGCGGCAGACCCUGCUGCUAUCGGCCACCAUCCCCGAGGAGGUGCACCACCUGUGUGCCAGCCUCUGCCGGCCCAGCUACCGGCGCCUGGAUCUGGUCACCGGGGUGCCUACGCAGGAGGCUGUGGAGCAGCUCUUCGCCUGCACUCCUCCGCUGCUGCUGGCCACGACCCUGCGGAACAUCCUGGACGAGGAGAUCCGCAAAGAGCCCAUCACUCACAAGGUCAUCGUCUUCUUCCCCACGGCGCGGCUGGCGGCCUUUGCCGCGAAGCUCUUCCGGGAGCAGCUCAACAUGAGGCUCCACGAGCUGCACGGGCGCUGCAGUGAGUCUGCGCGCAUCCUCGCGCAGCAGGAGUUCUUCGAGGCUUCGUGCGGGGUGCUCUUCACUUCCAUGGCCUCGGAACGGGGCUUGGACUACCCCAACGUCACCUUGGUGCUUCAGGUUAUGGCGCCCAUUAGCCGCCAGCAGUACAUCCACCGGGUGGGGCGCACGGCGCGGGGCGGCAAGGAGGGCCGAGCCUUCCUGCUGCUGCUGGACCGGGAGGAGGAGCCGUUCAUGCCCGAGAUUGCAGACCUGCCGGUGUCAAGGGCGCCCAUGGGCCCGGCGCUGCUCAACGACGAAGGCCUGCACACGGCAGAUGCGCUCUCCUCCGCGCGCUGGGCCAAGGGCCUGCCGCUCUUCGCUGCGGCCGCCUUCGCGUCCCUGCUGAAGCACCUGAGCUCGCAGCCGGGCAUGCAUCCCGAGCUGGUGGUGGACACCGCCUCGGAGCUGAUGUUGGGUUUCGGGCUCUCCGAGCCGCCUGUGGUGUCACGAGAGUUGGCCUUGGAGCUGGGCCUGGAGAAGUGCGAGAACCUGAACCUGGUGGAGCAAAGAGACGAGAAGUGGCGCCCCGUGUCGCCUGCGUCGCCCUCGGCGGUCGAGAAACGGCCGCGCGAGACACGGCCGCCCGCGCGGAGAAAGACUCUUUUCGCGCCGGGAUGGCGGGUGCCGGGAGGCCUUGAGGAGGCAGGGGUGAAGACGGACCCAAAGAGCGGGAAGGCGGGCGACGGGUCCAGCGAGACGCGGUCCAGAUUUCACAUCCUGGUGGACGAGUACAGCCGGACCAACGUGGAGAGCAUCUUUGCCAUCGGCGAUGUCACCGAGCGCAUCGCCUUGACGCCGGUGGCGCUCAUGGAGGGCAUGGCGAUGGCCAAGACCAUGUUCGGCGAGGGGGAAGCCCAGCCGGACUAUGAGAACGUGCCCAGCGCGGUCUUUAGCCAGCCGCCCUGCGGGUCAUGCGGCCUCACAGAGGAUGCGGAUGGGACUGGGCGCAACUGA